CAAGAGCCUGAGAUUCUAAUCCUAACCCUAUAUAUACGCAUGUAAGAUUCAUCCAUAUUCUCCAUCCCUCUAAGUAGUAGUCUGGAGGAAACCCCAUAUAUGCUGCAAGCAUUCCUAGCUAGAACGCUUUUCUGAUUUGUUAGUUAUUACACACAAAAAUGUCUACUCUGCAGCUUCUUAUUUGCUUCGUCUUCGCCAAUAUUGUCGUGGUACCUCUAGCCAUGGCUGAGAAAGCUGUUGAAUUGAACGCACCAGCGCCAACUCCAGCAGAUAAUCGUAAAGCAUCACCAAUUGCCGAAACGCCCACUAUUGCUCGGAAGCUUGGGAUCAAACACCAACAGAAAGUAGUGAUCAGUUCCUUGCUGGAAGGGUCGUCGGAUCCGUUGCCACCGAGUCCAGCAGCUAAUAGUCAAGAGCUGGAGAUUGCCCAAGCACCCAUAAGCCAACCAAACAGAAGCGAGCAGCCCUUGACUGUAGUGCUGUCAUCAUCAAAAAUUGCUGAAGCACCAGUAGCCCGACGGCUUGGAAGGCAUCAUUCAAGUGGUAAAUCGGUCGCCGGCGGUGGAGUGAUCCUUGGAGGUCUUGCAACCACAUUUUUCGUUUCGAUUUUCUGUUACAUUCGCGCCACGAGGAGAAGAAACGGCCAAACAACCAGCUCCUAGCUAGCUAGACUGGAGCUUUUUAUUCUACAGGAACGUACUUCAUACUUGGGUUGCCCUUGCCCGGCACAUCUCCUUUGAUUUUGUAAUUGUAAAUUGUAAAAAGAAGAGUAAAUAUCCAUUAAAUUAAUAGAAAUUAUAAUGUAAGCUAUCUGUUGGAUUCUGUAAU